AUGUCUUUCUCAAAAACAAUUCAGCCAGUCGCAACCCCUUUAUCCUUUCACAUCCACACUUUCGAAAACUUUGAUAACCCUGUCUACUAUCUUGGUGUCAUUGGGUUAAGAAUUAUUGACAUCUUUAUGGUUCUGCUUGGUUUCUUUUUCACUGUGUUAGGAAUUAUUGGCAUCUUUGGGACUCUGCCUGGUUUCUUUUACACUGGAUAUCUUUUUUACGCUUAUUGCAGAAACAAAUUCAAUGAUAGAAGUCUUAUAAAAGUCAUCGAAAAAGGCACUCGACCUAAAGUAGAAAUUUUGGAUGAUAAGCUUUUUUCUCGACCUAUAAUUGUGGAUUAUCUUAAAAAUAUUCUUCAACCGGACAGUGAUCAAUCAUUUUAUUAUGUUGUUUGUGGGGAACAUGGAAGUGGGAAAACUACGCUGUUCAGAAUUGCAUCAAGUGAAGUUGGUCGUGGCGUCGUAUACGUUGAUGUUCCUUCUCGUGUUGAAGAUUUUGGCAAAGGAUUUGGAAAAGCUCUUAACUUUGCAUUUGAGGAGCGUAUCUCUUUUACACAACAAUUGACACGAAAAUUGGUUGAUACAAAUGGGAAUUCUAAUGAGCCGGUGUGGUGGAGAGCUCUGAAAGCAUUUAAACGUGGUGCCAAAGAGUAUAAAGCUAAAUACAAUAAACCUGCGGUCAUCGUUUGUGAUAAUGUGAGCCGGUUGGUUCAUAAGAAUCCAGAAGUUCUUGAUAUCCUCCAAGACGACGCCAAAGACAAUGCCGAUGAACAUAUAUACAUUGCGGUGUUUAUCUGCAGUGAAGGUGCAGUUCUGAGAAUGAAAUCUCGUAGUUCCUGGUCACGAGCAAAAAACCCACCAAUGGAAAUCUGUGACCUUAGCGAGGAAGAAUCAAUAAAAUAUAUGACAGAGAUACAUAAGAUCACCGAAAAAGCGGGAGAAUUAUAUCAACUAGUUGGUGGUCGCAUUUUAGAGUUGAAAAGUGUUGCAAAUGAUUUAUCGUCAAAACAAUUCAUUGAAGAUAUCAGGGAGAAAAUAUUACUUAAAGCCUAUAACAAACUUUAUUCAGCAAAAAUACUUAAAAAUCAAAAACAUCAUGAAGCAGGAAAACGUGUAAUUGACGCUUUGCUGAGAUCCAAAGAGAUUAAUAUUGAAGAAUUUAGAGAAUUAUUUGCUAAUGAAGAGAAAUACGAUGAUGCCUUAGAAGCUAACGUGUUUUCAUUUCAUCCAUCAAGAAAUACCGUGAGUUUCCAAUCGCAAUCAAUAGAAUAUUACAUUCGGGAAAAUUAUGAUGCAUUUGCUGAUCUAGUUAGCCUCAGUUCUAAUUACGCAUCAACUUCCAAAUAA